CAACAACAACCUCCACCACCACCACCACCAUCGUCGUUCUCUUCGCUACUAUUAUAUUAGAGCGUCUUUGUUCCUUGAAAUUACUCGGUCUUAUUAUUUCCUCUACUAUAGCAACUUAAACUCUACGAAUACCUUACAGUCGCUAUCUAUCUUAACCUCAAAAAUGUUGAUCAAAGUCCGUACCCUUACCGGAAAGGAGAUCGAGUUGGACAUCGAGCCUGAUUACAAGGUCUCCCGGAUAAAGGAGCGCGUCGAAGAGAAAGAGGGUAUUCCUCCUGUUCAGCAGCGACUGAUUUUCGGUGGAAAGCAGAUGGCCGACGACAAGACUGCUUCGGAAUAUAACCUGGAAGGUGGUGCCACGCUACACCUUGUUCUUGCCCUGCGUGGUGGAUGCUUGUGAAUGUGUGUGGUGUGGCAGAGGGGGGAUGGAGUAAAGAGGAAGAUAUCUGUAUGAUGCUUCAGGGCCGGUAUUCUGAACGCUUUGUAGCGUUGAUUUCUUGUUUCAGGGCUAUGAGCAUGCAUGUAGGUUUCGAUCCUGGGGUGGUGCAGGGGGUUUUAAUGAGCUACAAACCAACAAUGCAGUAAUGAC